GCCCCGGGCGGGCGCGCGCCAGCACCGCUGCGGCGAUGCUUGCUAUUAGGUACUCCUACACGUCAUCUUAAGUAUACUUAUUUUCCAUGUCUUGGAUUGGUGGGUACUUUUUAUAUAUACGUACGUACAAGUAUGUAUAGCCAUGACCUUCUGCCAGUUUUGUUAUCGGUUCGAAUCCAUUUAAUCUUUUAAAGCGACUGAUGAUAACACCAAAUAGGAGGACCUACUUUACUGUAGGUACUUACCUAGGACAUUUCAGAUUAUUUUUGUUAUUAUGUCUUGUGUUUUGAUAGGAACAAAUAUAUUAUUUUUCUUUCUUUGUUCGUUGAAGUUUGUUAAUUUCCUAUCUUCUAUUCCUCUUUCACGCAAAGACUAUUCGAUGGAUUUUGAUGAGACUUGACAGUACUACCUAUGUAUUAUUUAGUAAUCUAUGGUAAUGUAGGCUACUUUUUAUCCAUAUCCGCGACGCCCCGGGCACCAUGGGGCUGUCGGUGCUAAAGUGUUGAUAAAUAAUUUUGUUGGCCCUCUCAUAUACAGUUUAAGUGAAGAAGUUGGCUCUCCUAGCAAGUGGACGGCGACCGAAGUGCGGCCAUGCUUGAGUAGUAUCUCAGAGAUAACCUCCACGGCUGACUGACAGAGAUAUAGCGUUGAUAAUAUAUGCGCGCGCGCCUGCGCCACGGCAUGCCACUGGCGAGCCGCCGCUCAAGCACAUCGACCGAGCAGCAAGUAUGUCGGGGAUUUGGAGUUUGUCGAGCAUGUCGGAGGUGGCGCGCCACCACGCGCCGGACGCGGACGAUCCGUGCGCCACGCACGACCACGCCAUGGUGUUCCACUCGUGCGUGUGUGCGGAGAUCCUGUUCAAGGGCUGGAACACGAGCAACGAGCUGCAGCUGUUCGGGUCGGCGCUGGUGAUCUUCCUGGCCGGCGUGCUGUACGAGGCCUUCAAGUGGUGGCGCGAGUCGCUGCCGCGGGCGCCGGAGAAGGGGCCCGCCAGCAUGUGGUCGCGCGCGCACUCGGUGCAGGCGGCGCUGCACGCGGUGCAGGCCACGCUCAGCUACCUGCUGAUGCUGGUGUUCAUGACGUACAACGUGUGGCUGUGCCUGGCCGUGGUGCUGGGCCUCACGCUGGGCUACUACCUGUUCGGCUGGCGGCGGGCCGCGCUCGACGACCUCACCGAGCACUGCCAUUGAGCCAGCACCUUACUCUGGACGAAGCAGUCACGUAGCUUCGCUGAUAUGACGCGCCCCACUGUCGUGCUUACAUAACUUAAGCGUCGUUCCGUUACGUACAGCUACGUCCGAGUCAAACAAAGACCCACGAAAAACUCACGAGUCAAAUCAACAACUGAAUUGCGUUAAAUAUUGUUUUGCUUUGUGCGGUAGUGGAGCCCUUAUUUCAGCUUAGACGAGUUAUAUUGGCUUCCAAACAUAAUAGUUUUUGUAAAAUUUAUAACUCUACCUGACUAUGCCUUGAAGAACGUAUUUUUCUAUCGGACGUAAAAUGUUAUACCUAGUACCUACUCAAGACGGUACCUAAAUGUUUAUAUACGCUCGGUACACAUGUCUGCGCGUAGAUGCUCCCACUGGAGCUCCGCAUCACUGUCCAUGCGGCAAAUCUGUGGACUGCCUCGGGCGCCGUGGUGUUUCCUGCAGAAAAUAUCCGUCGUGCUCUUACCACCGCCGGGGUGCCAGCCGUUUUUGAACUCAGACGCUUGACGAUGGUGGCAAGAGACCAGACGGAAUCUCUGUAAUGCCUUGAAAUAUGCCAAAGUCUUUGGUAUGGGACUCGACAUAAGUCGAUACCUUUGUACCUUCCCAGUACGAAGAGGUGUUGUGUUGGUGCAGCUGUUUCACCCUCAGAAAACAUAAAAACAGCGCAAAUAUGUAAACCUCACCGGCAUUUACAUGUUUGAGUCGUUUGGUGUUGAAACCUUAGGACCAUAGGGCCAGCAAUGCAGCCAGCCUUUAGGGCACAGCACAAUCCCUGCUGACAGCGAUGCGGAUGAAUUUUUUGAUACUUACUUUAUAUUUAUAUUAUUUAUUUUUUCCCUUUUUUAUUUGGAAUAAUUGUAGAUUGCUUAAAUAUGUAAUGUAAAUAUGUAAAUACAAUAAUAAAAAUUAAGUAGUCUUUAUGGACUGUAAAGUAUUUAUUAGGUAUAAAGUUAGGUUUCCUAGACUAUAUUUAAUGAUUAAAUGUAGGUGUAUGUAAAUAAACAAAUUAUGUGCAUACACAUAUCAUUUAAAUUUAUAUUGUAUGUAUUCCUGGGAUGUAGUUAAUUAGUGUAUGGUCUGGAUUUUUGUGCAGUUGACAGUUAGUGUCAGUCAGCACAAAUAAUGGUAUUUUCAUGCAACCGUCCCCAAUCUAAUGGUGCGUCUACACGAUGCAUGUAGCUGGAGCAAGUUAACACGCGGGUGGGUAUUUUGCUACGUUAUUAAAAUGCAUGUAAACCUCGCACCAGCUACUUGCACCCUAAAAUCUUGGUAUGUCCAAUGGAAAACUGACAGCUGUCAAUUGCAAAAAACAUUCGGUACCUCUAUAACGACCAUAUAACGACUAUAUAACAGUUAAGGUGCAGUUAACAGUUGCUGCCAGACCGUGGCAAAAAGAAAAAUGGUCUCAUAUUCCUUGAAAACUGACAUCUGCACAUAAAACGUGGUGAACAUUGUUCUAAGAAAACUGACGUUUAAUUGUAGGUGAAGUAGGACCUAUCGAGUUUUUCGUUCUUGCAGACUUUUACUUUGUACUUAGGAAGUAUAGAACAUACCUAUAUUUUUUGCAACCCAAAAAAUAUAUAGUUAAAGUAAAUAAUUUUAUCAAUAAAUUAUUGUUUUUAUUUUUAA